AUGGAAAAGAUUUCCAUUCCAGUUGACGUUCCAGACAGCACUCCGCUUCCUUUAAUCUCAGAACAAUCAGAACUCGAAGGCGCCGCAGUCGCUGAGAAAUCCGAGCCUAAAUCUGCAGAUCCUCAGCAAGGCUCUCCAAUUCUUCCUGCGGAGAAUCACCAGCCUUCCUCACAGUCGGAGACUGCUCCUAGCAAUGGUGGCGCAUCAACAUCACUGGCGGUAGAGGUGCGAGACACAAUCGACCACCGCACCAUUGUUGAUGUCUCUUUUGCUAAUGGAAAUCGCCAAUCAACUUCAACCCCGCCAUCCACUUCGAUCAACUCGCUUGCAGCAACUGUUCUUGGAGAACAAUCCUGGGUCACCAGAAGAAAACCAACGGCUGCAAGCAAUGGAUUUCCGGCGAGGGUUGCGGACUCUGUCGCAUCCUUUGACUGCGCAACAAACUCCGCGAUCUCUGCGCCAAUUGUGCAGUCAACCCUCUCUCAUCCAGACUUUCAAAAAUCAAGAGGGGAUAAGUCGCAGUCAAACUCCUUAUCAGGCCAAUAUUCACCCUCAAAUAAGGAAGUAAUCUCUUCAAUAAAUACUUCCAGUAACAGCUCGAGUCAAAAAUUAAAUCAUGAGGCUCCAGAAUUUAGUAUCUCUCAUCAACCGCAAUUACGGCUCCAAAAAUGUACUUGUCCAUGGUAA